AUGGGUAGUGGAGGUUGGUUAUUGCCUGGAGGGAGACACUCGAUUACGGUUCUGCUCAAGAAUGCGCUGCCUCAAGACAUGACACUUGAUUCGUCCUCUUCUGAUGAUUUUAAAUGGCGUAACACUCAGCAUGGAACACCAACUGAUUUUUUCUGCCUCAAAGACAUGGUUGACUUUGAAUCCUCCAGGGCAAACAGUUUUUUGGUCCAGGUCUGCUUGGUUCCUGUAGAACAUCCCAAAACAGUCUUUCAUUUGAUCUAUUCCUGGAAAGUGUUGUAG